AUGUGGCAAAUGCUCAUUUGUUUGCAUAGACGCUGCUACGUUCGAGGAAAAAGAAGUCACGUGACGGCGUGUUUGUAUGGAGGGAAAAAGAAAAAAAAAAUAGAGAAAGCGCGAGGGGGAGAAUUUGCCUCACUUUUUUAUUUUUUUUUUUUGUUUAGUUUUUCUCGUCUCGUCGUCAAGUUUCUGUAUAGUUUUAUAAGAGUGACGGGGUGUACGGGUGCAAGUGGAAACUGUUUUUUUUAUUUUUUUAAUUUUUUUUAUUUUUUUUAUUUUUUUUAUUUUUUUUAUUUUUUUAUUUUUUUUAUUUUUUUUAUUUUUUUUAUUUUAUUUAUUUUUUUUAUUUUUUUUAUUUUUUUUAUUUUUUUUAUUUUUUUUAUUUUUUUUAUUUUUUUGUUAAUUGUUUUAUUUUUUUAUAUUUUUUUUUUUAUAUUUUUUUUUUAUAUUUUUUUAAAUUUUUUAAUUUUCUAUUUUUUUUAUUUUUUUAUUUUUUUUAUUUUUUUUAAUUUUCUAUUUUUUUUAUUUUUUUAA